AUGAACCAACAUAAUCCCUAUGACUCCGGAAUACCUGGUCAUGCUCACAUGGCCACAUCACAAGCAACGAGUCCUGAUAUUCAUAAUAAUCAUGCUCAAAAUCCAUUGCUGGAACAACCUGGUGGUCAGCAAAAUCAAGCUCAGCACAUCCAACAGAAUAUGAUAAUUCUUCAGCAAAGUCAAGAUCAACAUUCAAACUGUCUUCAGACCUCCGAACAAAGUCAAGCUCAUCAUACAACACGCGAACGCGAGGUAGACCCUCACACCGCCAUAGUUUCUCCUGCAGUUAAUUCACAUGUUGCUUCGGUCCUUGCGCUGGAGUCGCAUCCUCCUGUCAGACAACCUAAUCAAAGCGUGCAAGUAUCACUUACUACUCACACCACUGGAACUACUCGUCCUGAACAUCAUCCCCCUAGCGCAUCUCAGAAACGUAACAAUGGCCGCCGCCGUCAAGAUCCGCCACGAUCAACCACCACCAGCACAACAACACCCACUCCAACGCAGACACAAGCACCUACAACUACGAGGGCCAUUGUCAAUCUUUUUCUCCCUAACUCACUCAGGGGAGAAAAGGAUCCUUUGCGACUACCACCAUCAAAUCUUCCAACACUAGAAGAUAUGAUGAAAAAGUCUUCUGUCGAACUGCGAACACUCGCUGGAAAGCAUGCUAAGGGGACUAAUGUACCACCAGCUUUUCAAGAUCACUUCAUGCGUUUGUACGAUGAGUUUGAUAAGAUACUGGCAAUAAACUGCAUAAAUAAUCAAGUCUCGGUUCCGGCAGUACGUAAACUAUGGGGUGAAAAAGCAUCACGCAAAGGGGCGCACAAAUACCAACGGUUUACUCAAAGCCAAGAGGUUCGAGAAAUGUAUAAAAGUACCUCAGGUGUAGCAACAGGAGAAGGUUCGAAAUUGGCUUCAAGUAGAUGGAGUGCGAUGUACAAGGCCGAGCAAGAUUCUUACAAAGUAGAGAAUCCACCCGUGAAUGAACCCAUGAACAUUGCAUCCAGCUCCAUCAAUCCCGUACCGGAAGCUCAUUCCAACGUGCGAGCCAAAACUCGGUUUUUGGCGAGCGCGCGUGUAGCUGUGAAUAAUUUCAUGAUAAAAUGGAAAAUUGAGGCCAACAAUAUGGCUGCAACAUAUGAGGGAGAUUUUGUGAUGAUUGGUGUAUCCAAUUACUUAGGCGACGAUGCCUACCAAAUUGUCCGAGGUACACCGCGCGCUCUGAAAUGGGUUGACCACGACAAGUUAUGCGACCCCAAAAAGCACGCAGCUGCACAACUACAAGCGUUUGUGACUGGAACCGAGGCUGGGCUACUCAACUUGAAAAGAGCAAGGUGUCGAGAAGCCCUAACAAAUAUGAUCAAUUUGAAGACCGAGGGAACUGUCCCCAAAUGGACAUGGAAAGGCUGUGAAGAAAAGCUCGCCAUCAAUGGCUACUAUGUUCACUUUUCCCCAGACUCAAAGUCUCAAGCCACCGACAUCAUGCAAGACAGCAAUUAG